GACCCAUUAUUCAAACUUUAUCUCUUCCAAACACCACAUAAUCCUUCUCUCCCUGCAAAGCUCGUAUUUCUGGCUUCAACCUCUACACUGGCACGCAGAGCUUCGCUCCAUACCAAAUUCUGGCCUUAAUAUUGAUAAUGAGUAGCUUAACUACCACUUCAAUGGCGGCUCGGGUGCUUACCUUUCCACUACGAAACCGUUUUCGCGAACCCUCGAGAAAUCCUCUGGUGCUUAAACCUCCUCCUAGGCGUCGGAGAUUGAUUUGCAUGGCGGAGCCUUAUUUAAUUACGAAGCUGGAGUCGGCUGAGAAUACGUGGAAGGAAUUAUCGGUCAAGUUGGCUGACCCAGAUGUAGUCUCAAAUCCCAGUGAAUACCAAAAGCUAGCACAAUCUGUUUCAGAGCUCGAUGAGGUUGUGUCAACCUUUAGGAGAUUCAAGGAAUGCGAAAAAGAGUUAGAAGAAGCCAAAGGUAUGUUGUCAGCUCUAGCAAAAGAAGAAGGGACUGAUGAGGAUAUGGCGCAGAUGAUAGCUUCCGAAAUUGAUUCUUUGUCCAGUCAAAUAAAAGAACUCGAAGACAAUCUUAAGAUGCUACUUCUGCCAAGUGAUCCUCUAGAUGAAAGAAAUAUAUUGCUUGAAGUGAGGGCUGGUACUGGUGGUGAUGAGGCUGGAAUUUGGGCGGGUGAUCUUGUUCGUAUGUAUCAAAGGUACUGUGAGCGGAAUUCUUUGAAGUUUGCUCCAGUUUCAUGCUCUGAUGCUGAAAAAGGAGGCUUCAAAACUUAUGUGAUGGAAGUCAAAGGAAAACGUGUUUACAGCAAAUUAAAAUAUGAAUCUGGUGUUCAUCGGGUUCAACGUGUACCACAAACAGAGACACAAGGUCGUGUACACACAUCCACAGCGACAGUUGCAAUAAUGCCCGAGGUUGAUGAAGUCGAGGUGGUAAUUGACCCAAAGGAUAUUGAACUAACAACUGCAAGAUCAGGCGGUGCUGGAGGACAAAAUGUGAACAAGGUUGAGACAGCUGUGGAUCUUAUUCACAAACCAACCGGAAUUCGUAUAUUUUGUACUGAAGAAAGGAGUCAGCUUAAGAACAAGACUCGUGCUCUUCAAUUGCUACGAGCAAAAUUAUAUGAAAUAAAACUGAGGGAGCAGCAGGAAAAGCUAAGGAAUCAACGCAAAAUGCAGGUUGGUACCGGUGCUCGUUCAGAAAAGAUACGGACGUACAAUUAUAAGGACAAUAGAGUUACUGACCACCGGUUGAAGAUGAACUUUGAGCUCACCUCUUUUCUUGAUGGCGAUAUAGAGAAUUCAGUUCAGGCAUGUUCGGCCAUGGAGCAGAAGGAGCUCCUAGAAGAGCUUGCGCUAUCUGCGAUGGCCUCAGCAAGCUGAUAUAUUGAUGAAUCUACUUUCAGAUGAACGUUGAAUGAUGAGGCACCCAUAGAGGCACCUAUUUGGUGUUGUCUUACUUGACUAGCCAAGUAGGUCUUGUAGAAGCAUUGGAUUUGUAAAGAAAAAUAUCAUUAUAGGGUAGUUUUGUUCUUCUGAUUUUUGAUCUAUGUAUUUAUUUAUUAUUAGUAUUUUUUUUUUUUUUGUAAUUGUAUAACGAAUUUGAAAAUUUUGAAAGCCAAAAGACAACUAUUAUAGUUUAUGGAGAUAAAGUAUAAUCAUCCCAAAUAGAAAA